CAUCAGCUGUAGCUCCAAUUUUCCUCAAAAUCGAUGUUGAUAUAUAUUUUUAUUAGAAAAAAAAAACAAAAACGAUUUUUUACCAGUUUUAAUCAACUCUUAUUUGUUUCUUUGCAUUUAAUUAGAAAGUCAUUGAUGUGAAUUUAUAUUGUGUGCCAGUAAAAUGCGCGUAUAAACAUAUACAACAUAACAUUUGUUGUUGAAUAUUUCUUCACAUAACCUCAAAAAAGAAAUUUCAAGUUCGUGGUGCGCGUAUAUGAAAUAUAUAUAUUUUUACGAAAAAAAAAAUCGAUUGAAAAUUAAAAAAGAAAAAUGUCAGGAAAAGGUAAACAAAGUUCAAAAAAGGCAGUGAUUAAAGUACGUGAAGGUGGAAAAUCAGCGCAAUCAACAUUAAAUAAUGCUGAGACAAGUCCUGAAUCUGAAGAUGCAUCAACAUUUUUGUCAAAUUUAAAAAUAAUUGACAAAGAAAAACAAUUGCCCAAAUAUUGUUCUAUUCUUCAGCGAACUGUUGAUGAGGGAAUUGGAAUGGAAGAUUUAGAUGCACUUCAAAUGGAACUUGAAAUGAUGCUCUCAUCAGUUGUAUUAAGAAGUCGUGCAUUACAAGAGGAAAUUUCAAGUUUUUCAUCAAAUGACGAACGACGUGAUAGACGAUCAAAAAGUGGCAAGGGCCUAUCGCAAGUUGAUAAAAAAAUACGCGACGACAAAACAAAAGCCAAAGAAAUGAAUAUUAAAACACAUUCACCGGUGCCGAAUAAACUUUUUAAACAACGUAUUCCUGGUAGUUCAUUAAAUCAAUUGGUACCAAAUCCCCAUGAAUUGGUACGCGUCGAAGGUAAAGAUGUACCAAAAUUGAUGCCAAAAAAUGAUACACCCAAUAAAUUUUGGGCAUCAGUUGAUCCAUAUUGUACUGAUAUUAUGCCCGACGAUAUUAAAUUACUCGAGGAACUUAUUACAUCGCAUUCUGAUAUUUCGGAAUUUAAAAAAAUUCCCCCACUCGGUAGACAUUAUAGUUUAAUGUGGGCGCACAAUGAUUUAUUACAAGAGGAGGACGCAUCAAAUUCAAAUCGUGAGAAGAAAAAAAGAUCUGAUGUUUCACUAUUAUUGGCGAAAGGCGAUAGAAAAGCAAAUGGAAUUGCUGGUCCACUAACUCAAAGACUUGUUUCUGCAUUACUUGAGGAAAAUGUUUAUGUCGCUAAUAAUAAUACGGAAAAUAAAUUAUUUCGCGAUGGCGAUCCAUCGCCAGUGUUACGCGAUUUAACAAUACAAAAUUCAAUGAAUCUUGAAUUAAGAAUGCAUAAGGAACUUGUCGAUCAGGGAAUAUUAGAGCCUGAUACGCAUAAAAAAAAUUCCGAUGACGAUGAAAUAUUGGCGGAAAUAAAACGUUGUCAACAAGAAUUACAAGCACUAUCUAGUCAUAAUGUUACACAAUUAAAGAGACUUUUAAAUUUAACACAAGAUGAAAGUAAACGGCAAGCAUUGAAGAGAAAAAUUAAAAGUGUCGAUAAUGAAGUUGUUGAUCAUUAUAAUAAAUUGGUAUUAUCGAAACAAGGAAAAAUGCCAUUAUCACGUAAGGAACAAGAAAAAGCAUGGGCAUGCCUUAAGGAAAGGGAAAAUCUUUUACAACAACUUGAUAUGUUACCAUCGAAUAGUAUUGGCGAACCAAUAAGAGUAUCAAAUGCAAGUAACACUUCCACGUAAUAAUAAUAAUAAUGAUAAUGAUAAUGAUAAUGAUAAUGAUAAUUGAUGCGCUUGUUGGUGAUUUUAAAUUAACAGACUCUUUUUUUUUCUUCAUUUUUAAGUGAGAAAGGUAGAUUAAGUUAUUAUUAUAUAUAUAUAUAUAUGAAAUAAAGUUUAAUUAUUGAUAAGAAAUCAAA